CUUGUGGUGUGGUUACACAAGUUGAUUUGUGUGGAUUACAGUGAUGCUGUGAAAUAUUGACACCCAGUUUGUUUUUCUUGCCCAAUGGGCUGACAGCGGGGGGCGGAGCAAAAUGUUGAGUGACAUUCCUCGGGACGCCCUCCUCCGCCCUCUCACCCGAAAUGAGGUGGUGGGGAUGUUGGUGAGACUGACCAUCUUUGGAGCUGCAACAUAUUACAGCAUCAAAUGGGUGGUGGAUGCUUUGGACCCGACACAAAAACAAAAAUCCCAAGCCAAGAAAAGGGCUGAGAGGUUGAUGAAGCAGAUAGGCGUAGAGGGUGUCAGUCUGACGGAGUAUGAAAUGAACAUCGCAACUCAUCUCGUUGAUCCUCGCAGCAUCAAAGUGACCUGGAGAGAUGUUGCUGGACUAGAUGAGAUCAUUUCAGAGAUGCAAGACACUGUCAUCUUGCCUUUCCAGAAACGUCACCUCUUCUGUGGUUCCAAACUCUUGCAACCUCCCAAAGGUGUACUAUUGUAUGGGCCACCAGGAUGCGGAAAGACUUUAAUUGCCAAAGCAACAGCGAAAGCGUCUGGAUGCCGCUUUAUUAAUCUCCAGGCCUCCACUUUGACUGACAAGUGGUACGGCGAAUCGCAGAAGCUGACUGCUGCUGUAUUCUCACUGGCUGUCAAGAUUCAGCCCUGCAUCAUUUUCAUUGAUGAGAUAGAUUCAUUCUUGAGGAAUCGUUCCAGUAUGGACCAUGAGGCCACCGCUAUGAUGAAGGCCCAGUUCAUGAGUCUGUGGGAUGGACUAGACACUGACUCAAGCAGUCAGGUAAUGGUGAUGGGGGCCACUAACAGACCACAGGAUGUGGACGCAGCAAUACUGCGCAGAAUGCCGACAACCUUCCAUGUAGGCCUGCCUAAUGCAGCUCAAAGAGAGGAAAUCCUCAGACUCAUUCUGUCUGGAGAAAAUUUAAGUAACGCGAUUAACCUGAAGGAAAUAGCAGAUCAAACCGAGGGCUACUCCGGCAGUGAUCUGAAAGAGCUGUGCAGGGAUGCCGCCAUGUACCGCGUUAGAGACUAUGUCCGCAAACAGCAGAUGAAACAGAUCGCACAACAGUUCCAGCUGGAUGACGAUGAGCAUGUGGACAGCACGCAGCUGAGGCCUGUGACUCAACUGGACCUGCUGUUUGGCCUAGAUAAGAUGAGAGAGUCCAAACAGGCCACAGUUACAGCUGACCCAGCAAAUCUGAGAGAGGUGCCUCUGGACUGAAAACCUCUCACUUUUUCUCCCUCUCACUUCUUUCUUUCUGCCUCAUCUUUUUCCUUUCCUUGUCUUUCAUAUUUCUGUUACAUCCCAAACAUUACAACUUUGCACUGUAAUUAAUUUACAGGCAGAUACUCAAGACAGUAACCAUGUGCAUAUUUAUAAUAACAGUAAUCAGUAAUACUAAUUAACACACUAAAUGGAAUUUAAUUAUUCUUCAGUGUUUUAACUUGUUUAAGUUGUUUUUGUUGUGAUCAUCUGUUGGUUGCAUAUUAUGUAGAAGCAGAUGUCAUACCAUUUUUUGGAUAUGGGAGAGAUGAAUAUGAACUUUGCUAUGUCUAUAAAUGUUUUAGUAAUCAGGACCAGGUUUCCUGAAACACUGAGUGUUGUCUAAAUGUCUUAUUAGGAUGCAUGAGUGUUACUCUAAAGUUAAACUGAAUGGUGCAUGUGUGAUCUUCGUCAACACCAAAUUAGCCAUGAUAAAAUGACUGUCUUAAUUUUGCGUCAGGAGCAUGUCUGGAUCAUAUUCAACCCAAAAUCAAAAGAAAAAAAUAUUAUGCAUAAGGAGAAAUUAUGUAUAUGUUUUGCUGCCAUUGGCACAGCACAAAAGUCAAAAGUCAAAUCUAAUCCACACAGAACCCAAAAAAUGCAAUGGACAAAAUUAUUGGCACCCCAAACUUAUUUGGUAGCACCCCCCUGUAGAAAAAAAAACUGAAAUCUAUCGCUUUCCGUAACCGUGAAUGAGUUUCUUACACCUCUCUACUGGAAUUUUGGAGCACUCUUCUUUUGCAAACUGUUCCAGGUAAUUCAGAUUUGAAGGAUGCCUUUUGAGUUCUCUCCACAAGUGUUCUAUGGGAUUCAGAUCUUGCCUCAUUGUUGGCCAUUUCAGAAGUCUCCAGCGCUUUGUUUGUAACCAUUUCUGAGUGCUUUUUGAACUGUGUUUCGGGUCAUUGUCCUACUGAAAGACCCAUGGCCUCUGGUGGAGACACAGCUUUAUGACACUGGCCACCACGUUGCACCCCAAAAUUCUUUGGUAAUCAUCCGAUUUCAUGAUAACGUUCACACAGUCAAGGUAUCGAGUGCCAGAAGCAGCAAAGCAACCCCAAAACAUCUUUGAACCUCCACCAUGUUUGACUGUAGGGACCGUGUUCUUUUCUUUAAAGGCCUCAUUUCUUUUUCUGUAAACAGUGCCAUGAUGUCCUUUACUUUUGUCACAUAGGUUUUGUCAAAUUCCAGUCUUGCUUUUUUAUGCCUUUGUGUCAGCAGUGGUGUCCUCCUGGGUCUCUACCAUAGCGUCCCUUUUCAUUCAGAUGGUGAUGAAUAGUGCGAGCUGACACUAUUGUACCCUGUGUCUGCUGAUCAGCUUGAAUUUGUUUGGAAGUUAAUUGGUGUUCUUUAUCCACCAUUCGAACAAUCCUUCGUUGUAAUUUUUCAUUAAUUUUGCUAUGUCCACGUCCAGGGAGGUUAGCUACAGUGCCAUGGGCUGUAAACCUCUUGAUGAUAUUGUGCACACUGGACACAGGAACAUUAAGAUCUCUGGAAAUGGACUUGUAGCCUUGAGAUUGGCCAUGUUUUUCCACAAUUUUUUUGUCUCAAAUCCACAGACAACUCUUUACACUUCUUUCUUUUCUCCAUGCUCAGUGUGACACACAACACAAAGGCUAAGUCAACUUUUCUCCAUUUUAACCGGUUGCAAGUGUGAUUACUAUAUUGCCCACACCUGUUACUUGCCACGGGUGUGUCUAAAUACAAAUUACAGGAGUAUCACAUGCUUGAAAAGCAAUUAUUUGUUACACAUUUGACAAGGUGCCAAUAAUUUUGUCCAGUCCAUUUUUAAGUUCUGUGUAAAAAUUUUAUCAAGUUUAACUUUUCUUCUCAGUUUUUUUGUGCUGUUGCAGUGCAAACGAAAACAAUAAGCAUGUGAAUACCAAGACAUUUGCAAUUGGAACAAUUUUCGGAGAGAAGUUUUGCAUUUUCUGAUAGAAUUGCAAGGGUGCCAAUAUUUUUGGCCAUGACUGUGUGUAUGUAUGUAUAUAUAUAUAUAUACAUAUAUACAUAUAUACAUAUAUAUAUAUAUAUAUAUAUAUAUAUAUAUAUAUAUAUAUAUAUAUAUGUAUAUAUGUGUGUGUGCGUGUAUAUAUGUAUGUAUGUAUGUUUGUAUGUAAAUUAUUAUUAUUUUUUUUUUUUUUGGUGAAAGAAUAAUUUCUAUAUUUUUAUCUUUUGGUUUUUGGGUGAAAUAUUUUUUGUGAGAUCCAUCUGACUACACAUUUUCAUUUUGUUUGACAUGGUGAACAAUAGCAUUUAGUAGUAGAAGUAAAAAAAAUUGCUAAAAAGUGUAUUUUACUUGAAACGGAAUUGCUCUCAAGGUUCACAUAUACUAUAUAGACAGUUAAGUGAUCGCUUGAAGCAAGGUUGGAGACUGACAAAUGGUGCUUCAUGUAUCUCUAUUAAGAAGUUAAGCAUCUGUGAUAUAUAGAUCUUCAGAUGAGUCUGAGUGUAUUCAGAAAGGUUUAGCUAGGAACAUAACUAAUAUAUCACUUAAAGUGUCAAACCAGCAUCAAGAUAAUCAUUUAUCAGGUACUAAUAUGGGCACAACGGCAAGCUUCUUUCUUGAAACUACCAGCUUUGUCCAUCCGUGCUGAAGUUUCUGGCCUUUGACCAGCUCUAAAUGCAAAAUUUUUGCUCUUGUCAAAAUAAGUUAAGUGAGUGUUUUCCUGUUUGCGGUGUUAUAAGCCAGCUGAAUGUCUCCAUGUGUUACUUUGAUAAUAAGAGAAGGGAAAAUGUGUCUGGCAGCUUGAUUAACGGUCUAUCAAACAUUUCAAAUAAAUGUCUUAAUUUAUUCAGAUUCA